AAGAAACUCACGGCAACUGAAAUCGAGGAGGUGGUGAUCGGAUCCCGACCCAAAAAAUGAACUCCAACGCGCGAAUCGUUAUACUACAUCGCCGCAAUUGAGCUGUCGCCGGAGCUCGCGCACCACGCCGGAGCUCCGAUGACGGCGGCCGCGACGCACUCGGACGCGCUCGCUGAGUACACUCGCGAGGCGCAGGAGCGUGGCUGCGACCCAUUGACCUGGGCCGUACAACUCUCGUCCAUGAUGGCUGCCGCCGGAGCUCAGCUGCCCUCAACGGAACUCGCCGGAAUCCUUGUCUCUCACCUCUUUUGGGCUAACAGCAACGUUCGGCUUGCCUGGAAGUACCUCGACCGUGCCCUCUCUGCUGGGCUUGUUCCCCCAGUUCUCGUCCUUGCUCUUCUCUCCACCAGGGUAAUUCCAUGCCGGAAAUCGAGGCCAGUGCCAUAUAGACUUUAUUUGGAACUCCUCAAAAUGCAUGCAUUUAAUUUUGCGUCUCAAAUUAAAGGCCCAUAUUUUAAAAAGAUCAUGGCAUCUGUGGAUGAUGUUCUGCAUCUUUCACAAGCAUUUGGCCUUCAAGCUUGUGAACUGGGGGUUCUAGUGGUGGAAUUUGUAUUUUGUGUUCUAUGGCAGCUUGUUGAUGCAACAAUAGAGGAUGAAGGUUUGCAGGAUUUGACACCAGAAAGGAAACCCAUUUGGUUCACUAGGCAAGAUAUGGACAUAGACAGAGAGGCCAAUGUUGGUGUGAAGACUGAACACAUUGAGAAGAUACAGAAAACAAAUAUCGGGUUGGCUACUGAGUUCAUCAAGGAAUUCCUGCACCACAAAGUAAUUUCCAGGCUUCUUUCCUUGGCACGUGACAACAUGCCUUCUCAAUGGGGAGUGUUCACUCUAUGCUUACGUGUACUUGAAGCAAAUUCAUCAUCAUUACCUUCAGGAAGUCUGCUUCAGUUGGCAGUAGAUGACCACAAAAAAAUUAGCCAAGAAUGUCAUCGUGGUCACCAUGAAGAGCUUAAUGCUUUGAUUGCUUCUGAAUCUUCAACAUCUUCUGGUGGUCAAUGUCAUGGGACUAGCUGUUCUGCCCUCUGGAUUCCUUUAGAUCUCUAUCUUGAGGACUGCAUAGAUCUUUCUGUUGCGCCAUCAAAUGCCAUCGAAAUCCUUAGUGGUUUAAUCAAGGCUUUGCAAGUGGUUAACGGGACCACCUGGCAUGAUGUUUUCCUAGGUCUUUGGCUGGCUUCUCUUCGGCUUGUACAAAGGGAAAGAGAUCCUAUAGAAGGUCCUGUACCACAUCUUAACUCUCGGUUAAGUAUGCUGCUGUCAAUUACUACACUUUCAGUUGCUGAUGUAAUCGAAGAAGAAGAAUUAGCUCUUGCCAAGGAUGCAGAAUACACCAGUCAAUGGGAAAAUAAAACUGCAAGUAGUGGAAAGCGCCGCAAAGAUUUGGUUUCCAGCUUACAAGUACUAGGUGAUUAUAAAAGCCUGCUAGUUCCGCCUUCAUCUGUUGUGUUGGCAGCCAAUCAGGCUGCUGCAAAAGCUACUAUGUUUGUCUCAGGCCUUACUGUUGGGAGUGGUUAUAUGGACAUGAUUAACAUGAAUGACAAGACACUUAACUUUUCUGGAAACAUGUGGCAUCUGAUUGUUGAGGCUUGCAUCUCACGAAAUCUACUGGACACAUCUGCUUAUUACUGGCCUGGUUACGUCAGUGGCCUCAUCAACCAGAUACCUCAUUCUAUGCCUGGACAAGUGCCUGGUUGGUCUGCCUUCAUGAAGGGUGCCCCAUUAACAGCGCCCAUGGUAAAUGCUUUGGUGGCAACUCCAGCUUCAAGCUUAGCAGAGCUUGAGAAGGUCUUCGAAAUUGCAGUCAAUGGAUCAGAUGAUGACAAGAUUUCUGCUGCAACUAUUCUUUGUGGAGCAUCUCUUACUUGUGGAUGGAAUGUUCAGGAGCACACUGUUCGCUUUGCUCUGAACCUUCUCUCUCCUCCUCCUCCGGUUGAUUAUUCAGGAAGUGACAGCCAUCUGACAGGUCAUGGCCCUGUUCUGUAUGUUGUUCUUGCUGGAAUAUCCUCCGUUGACUGUGCUCAAGUUUUCUCAUACCACGGCCUGGUUCCAGAACUAGCGGGUGCACUAAUGGAACUAUCUGAGGUAUUUGGGUCUUAUGUUCCUAGUAUUUCAUGGACCCUUACUUCAGGAGAAGAAAUUACUACUUAUGCAGUCUUUUCCAGUGCAUUUAUUCUACUAAUGAGGCUAUGGCAAUUCAACCGUCCACCUCUUGAAUGUUGCCUCAUGGGAGAUAGUGCCCCUGUUGGGUCUCAGCUCAACCCAGAGUAUCUUUUACUGCAGCGUAAUUCUCGUGUGUUGGAUUCUUCUAAUGUGACAGAUAAUGGGAAGGCUUUCAGAAGUCUCUCUACAAGUGCAAAAUCAUCUUCCGCACAUCCCAUUUUUGUUGACUCAUUUCCAAAGUUGAAAGUCUGGUAUCGACAACAUCAGGCUUGUUUAGCUUCUACUCUAUCUGGCCUUGUUCAUGGAACUCCAGUUCAUAAAAAUGUAGAUGCUCUUCUUAAUAUGAUGUUUAGGAAGGUGAAUAAGGGAACUAAUCAGACAGGUUCUACAACAUCUGGAAGCAGUAGUUUAAGUAGUUCUUCUGGCCCUGGGAGUGAGGAAACCUCAAUCAGACCCAAAUUACCUGCUUGGGACAUUAUGGAAGCAGCUCCAUUUGUGGUUGAUGCUGCACUUACAGCCUGUGCCUAUGGAAGACUAUCUCCUCGUGAAUUGGCUACAGGCCUCAAGGAUUUGGCUGAUUUCCUGCCAGCAUCAUUGGCAACUAUAGUGAGUUACUUCUCAGCUGAAGUGACUCGUGGAAUCUGGAAACCGGCUUUCAUGAAUGGAACUGACUGGCCUAGUCCAGCUGCAAAUCUAUCUACUGUUGAAGAACAUAUUAAGAAAAUUUUGGCAGCCACAGGGGUUGAUGUUCCAAGCCUUGUUGUUGGAGGAAGCUCUCCAGCUACGUUACCAUUACCCUUGGCGGCCUUUGUGAGCUUUACUAUAACUUACAAACUUGACAAGGCCUCAGAACGCUUUCUCAACCUUGCUGGUCCAGCUCUGGAGUCACUUGCAGCAAGUUGCCCAUGGCCAAGCAUGCCAAUUGUUGCAGCAUUGUGGACUCAAAAAGUCAAGCGAUGGAGCGAUUUCCUCAUCUUCUCUGCAUCCCGCACUGUCUUUUAUCACAACAAUGAUGCAGUAGUGCAGCUCCUCAGAAGUUGUUUCACUGCCAUGUUAGAUCUAUCAACUUCUCUGCUUUCUAGCGAUGAGGGCGUUGGCAGCCUACUAGGCCAUGGCUUUGGUUCGCAUUUUUCUGGUGGCAUCUCUCCGGUUGCACCUGGUGUCCUCUAUCUUCGAGUCUACCGAUGCAUCAAGAAUGUCGUGAUCCUGGCAGAUGAGAUUCUCUCUCUUCUUAUGUGGUCAGUUAAAGAAAUAGCACUGAAAGUUUUUUCAAAAGAAAGAGCAGAGAAACUCAAUAAGGCCAAGUAUGGGAUGAGAUAUGGCCAGGUCUCUCUUGCAGCUGCAAUCACACAAGUAAGAGUGGCUGCUGGACUUGGUGCAACACUUGUGUGGUUAUCAGGGGGUCCAGGUCUUGUCCAGUCUCUGAUCCAUGAGAUACUUCCAUCCUGGUUCCUAUCUGUGCGUGAACUGGAUAUUGAUGGAGCCAGUGCAUGGAUGGUGCACAAGUUGGCAGGCUGUGCACUUGCUCAUUUCGCCAUGAUUGGUGGGAUAUUUGCCUGGGGCAUUGGCUCAUCUGGGCUAUCCAAACGCCGACCAAAAGUGUUAGGAGCUCACAUGGAGUUUAUAGCAAGAGCAUUUGACAAGAAGAUCUCCGUCGGCUGUGAUUCUACAUUGUGGCAUACAUAUGUUGUUUGCUUCUUAGGCUUGAUGGUAAAGUGUGCUCCGAGCUGGGUGUUGGAGAUUAACUCGAGCGUGCUAAAGAGGCUUAGUUGGGGGUUGAAGGAGUGGGAGAAGGACGAGCUCGCCCUUGCCUUGCUACAGAAGGGUGGGGUUACAACCAUGGGUGCAGCAGCUGAAAUGAUCAUACUUGCAGGUGAAUAAUUCGGAGGUUAAGUCUUGUAAUGAUCCACAAUCUAACAAGCUUGUAGAUGGAGAUCGUGUCUGAUUAGGACUCUGUGCAGCUAAUGCUUUGCUGGUUGUGUAAUUUUGUUAGAUGUAGAGCUUGUUACACAGCACUUCUAAGGUUUUCUAAGAAAGAGUACUAAUUUCAUCUGCAAUGGUUGUUUCCUUAGCUUUCCUGAGUUUGU